GAACGCCGCGGAAGGCAAAUUGCGCGGCGCCCCCCUCCGCCUUCCCCUUCGGGCAGGUAGAAGCGCGGCGCCCGCCUGUGGUACGGGCGCGCGGCCGGGCCGGGGCAUCGGCGCGGCCGAGAUCACACCGGGUCAAUUCCCCCGGCGGCUUCGAUGUGUCGCGGGCGCCCCGCCUUUCGUGCCGUCGUUCGGUCCAUUAGGACGGCCCAUCGCGCCGUCUUGCUACGACACCUUACAAGCCGCUUCGUACGUGAAAAAAAAACAGCGGGACGUCAUCAAGAUGUGCCUCCGCUUCCCAUCGCUGGCGGAUUUCACCGCGCACAGCUGGGCGCAGAAGGCCUUGGAUGAAGGCAAGCACGAGAACAGCCGGCUGCGCGUGUCGGGCGCAUCGCUGUCCCCGAUUUUCAACGGGAACUACGUGUACGACCGGCCGGGAAAGCGAUGGGUUCACGAGCAGAGCCCCGACCUCGUUUGCGCGUUUACCGCCGUGCGCGGGGAGAAGUCCGAUAGCAACGAGUUCUUCUGCCAGUGGAGUUUUCAGCACGCGUCGGACAAAACCGUCCUGCCGUACUUUCUCCGGAGUGGAAGCAUCGAGCCGCCGACCGGAGAGAAGGAGGCAUGGAACCACGGGUCGAUGCAAUACCGCGGGGAGGACGAGAAGAUGCGGGUGGAGUACAUUUCGGGAGAGAACGGGGGAGAGAGGUUGAGCAACGCGGUUGAGCUUAGGGCGUGAGGAAUUCGUCCUACGAAAUCUAAGGAACAGUACCCCGCGCAGCCAGUUGGUUUUCUUUCUCGGCUUAGGAGGAAUCGACUAGAAAAAAUUCAACAGCGGCACAAGGGAUUCGGCAAACAUCAGUCUCGAUAUCGAAUAUGCUCGCGUGGCAGGAAGUCACCGGAUUGUGAUAUGGAGGCAUACCCUACUGGAGCUGUGCUACUACAAACGGGUCGCGUUUUGUGCAUCUUCCUAUUCAGGCGAUAAUGAGAAUCCAGGGACGUAAACGAAUAGG